AUGGCUGCUUCGACGAUGCACACCGCGACCGACGGGCUCGGUAUCGGGAUCGGUAUCGGACUCGGUGUACCGCUUCUCACAAGCGUGGACCCCGACAAUGCCAAGCCGAAGCUCUCCAACGCGGUGCUCGGGUACGGCCAUCCGCAUCUCAACCAGCAGCUUCGAUGGCCUUACUCGACGCGCUAUCGAAGCAGCACGCACAUGCGCCUUGGUUGCGCGUACGACAGCUCACCGACCCCGAGCAGCUCGUCUUCCGAGUCGGAUUCCAGCGUCGACACACACAAGACGCCUGCAUCGGCAACGCACGAUGUGUUGCUCAGCUAUUUCUCACCCGCCUUGUCCGACGCUAGUCAGCCUGAGACGCUGGACAAGGUGUAUCUCCUAUCGAGCGGAUUAAAAAACCCGCAGACGAGGAGAAGCAAGUCAGAGACGUUCAGGUUCCCUCUGCCGCCUGGCAAGCCGGGGUCGAUCAAGGCGCAGCCCGUCCUGUUGAAGUCGGCGAUGCGAUCCACGUCCAAGGACUACACGUUGGCCAAGCCGAGUCGAGCUGUACAAAGUGUUGAAGGACACGACCGAUUCGGGACGCAUCUGUCUCCGGCACUGCAAGAGACGAGCCAAGCUCGCCAGGGUUGGUCGCCUUACUCAUCGGUAGCUCCCACCCCCCGUCAAGUAUCCGCUUCGCAACGGUUCGGCCUGGACUCAUCUCUGGACGUGACAGACAGCCCGAACAGUCAGCGUAUGACGUAUACGCAAAGUUUGGAUCGCUCCGACUCGGCUGCAUACGCGUGCGAUGCUUGGUCCGGCUCGUGCUCGUCGCAAACGCUCGUGUCGGACAGCGAGACGGAUUCGGGCGCCGAGACGGAUCCCGGGUUCAGCUCGGAUGCAGCCAAGCUCGCGCGCCUGCAUGCGAGCCUGUUGUUGCUCGAUGGCGCAGUGACUGAACUGCCACUUUCGCUUGGCGAGACAGGCGCCAGGAUGGGCAGCGACGAGCGUGUGCAGCUUGCAGGAUCCGUCGAAGAGAAGAUGGCGUAUCUCUGCGGAUUGGGCUACAGAUACCGUAGCGCUAAGCGCGAUCGCCAUGCCAGAAACGCGUCGGGUGAAUUCGCAAGUGCUAAGGUGCAGCACGCCGAAAUCGGCGGGUGGUGGAGCGAUGAUCCGGACAAUCCAGAGCAUCACGGCGUGGUCGGCGUGGAUGAGAGAGAAAAGAUGCGCCAGGGAAAUGUGCAGAGCCACGCUCCCACCGUAGUCGGCACGCACAAGGCGGUCAGAGUAGUGUCGGCGUGCGCCUCGGCUGUAACGUCAGGCGACAGCAGUCCGAUUCUAGGCGGAACGCUUGCUGCCACGGUACACAUCGAACAAGCCGUUGAUGAUGGAGACGUCACCAUGCGUGCCAACCUGCUGCCCGAACCUGCAGCAUUCGAAAGUCUGCUGGACGAUGAUUUCAGCUACCUUGUGGACGACAGGUUGAUCGACUCGCACGAUUGGCACGAGCAUGCAGCGGCGAAAUGGGUUUCAGCCGAGAGUGCGUUGAUGACACCGCCGUUGACGACACCAGAGUUGGGUUUGCAUGGUGCAUCGCCGGCGUUGCUGGAUGCAUGGCCUUCGCCACUCUGCGCGAUCAAGACUGAUGCAACUGCGUCGGCUGCUUGGCCUCGAGGAGCUCUGCAAGCGAUCGACGGCUGCCGGCCUUACUCGACGAGUAGCUCGGUCGAUGCGUUCGAGUUCAGCGCGGCACUCUCGCGACGUGGCACGCAGCCGACGAUGCUGCUCACCAGCUCAAGCUCUUGCCCGCUAUCGAUCACCACUCCUACUCACAGCAAAUCGACGCACGACAGCCAACGACACCAAAGCGAUACCGAGCAAGCGCUCGAAAUCGCACAAGUUGGGCGCACUACCACUUGGCCAUGCUCGGUCUUGACUCGUCCUCGACCGCUGGCUUGCAGCCAUUCGUCCACGUCGCUCUUCUCGUCGGCUUCAUCCGAUCGGUUGCAGAAGCCUCCAGGCAGCGAGUCGGUGCUUGCGCGACCUCGACCGCUGGCGUUGCGCUCAGCUGACCAUUGUUCAUUCGGCAGCAAGCCAGAUCUUGUUGCGCCACGUAAGGCGGUUGUGUCGAAGAUCGAGGCUGCACAAGCAGCGCAGAAGCUGAGCAUGCCGAGAUCUGCUUCGACGAGUACCGUGGCGACGCAGAUCAAGGUGCCACAGAGGAAGAGUUCGCUCAACAUGCGCGCCCAAGCUCAACUGCCCCGGCUUGGCGAUCAAACCGAGGAGCACGAACCAUCGCAUCCACCGAGCCGUGUGCGUUGGCAUCACGACGCGCAAUACCAUUCGUCGGCCGAAUCGUACGUCAUGUCUGGUCCUUUCUCUGCACCGAUCGCGCAGCAUGGAUAUCGCGCGCCAAUCAGCCAGGCCGCAAGCCAGGUGUGCACGUCAGCCGCCAACUCAGCACGCAUCCGUCGGCGUCGUCUGCACGAGUCCAUCCCGCAGUCGCACUCACUACCCGUGCUCUUCACCGCACGCACUCCUGCGCAGCGCGCACGUGCCGAGCCGCGUCUGCGCACCAACCCCCCAACCACAACGUCGGUCGUCUCCGCACCCCAUCCCACCGAGAACAAACCGUCCACCUAUACAGUCCAACCGCCCAAUCACGGCGUACUCGUCGUACAAGAGAUCACCACAAUCGGUCUCGCUCUUUAA